AAGGAGACACAGCUGCUGCCAAGGGGCUUGUGAGGAUCAUGAAGAUGAGGCCAGUCUUGGCCAUCGCCAUUCUUGGCACUGCUGCUGCAGCAGUGCUCUUCCGUGGGUCCCUGGCGCAGGAGGUGAAGCAGGAUCAUCAUACAGAGAGGAUAUCAGGCAGUGCCGGUGAUGUUCUGGAGGACGACCCUGUCGGCCGGCUCAAGGUCUACGUCUACGACCUCCCGGCCAGAUACAACACAGCGCUGCUGGAGAAGGACCCGCGGUGCCUGACGCACAUGUUCGCCACGGAGGUGUUCGUGCACCGGUCCCUCCUCUCCAGCGCCGUCCGCACCCUGGACCCCGAGGACGCCGACUGGUUCUUCGUGCCCGUGUACACCACCUGCGACCUCACCGCCUCGGGCCACCCGAUGCCCUUCGACUCGCCGCGGAUGAUGCGCAGCGCGAUCCGCCUCGUCGCCGAGCGCUGGCCGUACUGGAACCGCUCCGAGGGCGCCGACCACUUCUUCGUCACGCCGCACGACUUCGGGGCCUGCUUCCACUUCAAGGAGGAGAAGGCCGUGGCGCGCGGGAUCCUCCCGCUGCUCCGGCGCGCCACGCUGGUGCAGACGUUCGGGCAGAGGCGCCACGCGUGCCUCAAGGGCGGCUCCAUCACCGUCCCGCCGUACGCGCCGCCGGCGCGGAUGGAGGCGCGGCUCCUGCCCCCCGGGACCCCGCGCUCCGUCUUCGUCUACUUCCGCGGCCUCUUCUACGACUCCGGCAACGACCCCGAGGGCGGGUACUACGCGAGGGGCGCCCGCGCGUCGGUGUGGGAGAACUUCCGGAGCAACCCGCUGUUCGACAUCUCGACGGAGCACCCGGCGACGUACUACGAGGACAUGCAGCGGGCGGUGUUCUGCCUGUGCCCGCUGGGGUGGGCGCCGUGGAGCCCCCGGCUGGUGGAGGCGGUGGUGUUCGGCUGCAUCCCCGUGGUCAUCGCGGACGACAUCGUGCUGCCCUUCGCCGACGCCAUCCCGUGGGCGGACAUCGGCGUGUUCGUCGCCGAGGAGGAUGUCCCGAGGCUGGACACCAUCCUCACCUCCAUCCCGGCGGAGGUGGUGCUGAGGAAGCAGCGGCUCCUCGCCAGCCCGGCCAUGAAGCGCGCCGUGCUGUUCCCGCAGCCGUCGCAGCCCGGGGACGCGUUCCACCAGAUACUCAACGGGCUCGCGCGCAAGCUCCCGCACGGCGACGGCGUCUUCUUGAGGCCCGGGCAGACGGUACUCAACUGGACUGCUGGCCCGCCGGGGGACCUCAAGCCGUGGUAGCUAGCUGGUAGCCGUCGAAUUGCCAUGGCUGAAUGGUGAUGGGCUUGCUGGCCAUCAGCCAAUUGUACAUUUUUUUUCUUUUCUUCCACCAUAGUAGAAGAUAGCUGCGAACUGUUGUGAUGCACGUAUAUCUACAGGCGUUUUAGGACUUGUCCUGCGUAUGUGAAUGUCAUACCCAAAUUUACAGAGAUUA